GAUGGGGGUGUCACAAGGUGGAUGGAUGGAUGGAUGGAUGGAUGAUUCGAACUUUUUGAAAGUAAGUACGGAUGUAUCAGGAUCGUGGUGGUUGGAUUCAGCGCGGAUAGAGCAUCCAAUCUGGGAUCAACAGAUGCUGGAUCGUAAGCAGGUGUGUUUCAUACAUCCUCGGCGCUAGGCAGGGGAGGGACAAGGGACUUACUUGGUCUUGGUCUUGGAUGGGGUGAUGUCUGUCUAGUACAGCCUACAGCUCCUAGAGGAGUACGGAUGGUAUUAUGAUCUGACUUUGUAUGUAAUCG